ACGUAGAAUCGUGCUUUUUGAGUCCAUGCUAACAAUCACAGUACAGACUCAUGGUCAGCAUAUGAAAGGGGUAGCAAUCGAAAUUUCUAAUCUGAAUUGUGCUGUUGACUUGUCAUCAAUCAUCACGACACAAUCUGUAAUCAAUCCAUCAAACUAGGGUUAAAGGGAGACUGGCCAGGUCGCCACUUGAUAAGAAACAAUUAUGAGAAGAUCACUUUCUAACUCUUCCCCAAGGGCAAGACUUUUCUGAGACAGUAACAGACCUGCAGUGACCAUGGCCAACCUGGAAAGACUUCUAAACCAAAGUUUCGAAGACUGCAACAGACCAUGUCACUUAACAUCACAGAGAAUGUAUGCACGUACAGAAACAAAGACAUUGUUCUAAAACGAUGUCUCCUGCCCAAAAAGUAGUAGUGCAUGGUGAAAGUGUGAUAUCUUCAAAAAGAAUUCACGUGAUGCAAUGGAAAGUUUUGAAACUAUUGGUGUUCCUGCAUUAAUUGGGAUAAUGGUGAUCGAGUGAUACAGGACAGUUCAUAAGUUCAGAUGUAUUCUAGGUAGCAAAGAACAAGUUUUGGAAACUGCUGUAUAGUGUUCUCUAAUAAAGCUUCUUAUCUAAACAGGAUACAAGUAGACCAGACCACUCCAUUCUCAGUUGCUGCCUUCAUAUUUCGGGUCGGCAACGACGUAGUGAUAGGCAAUCACCAGGAGGAAGAUGAAGAUGCCGAGGAAAUUGGCGAAAAAUCCGAGGUCUUGGUCGUCAAACAUCUGCAGAAUCCAACAAUGAAACAUGGCAUUUAUCAGAACUAUAUACAUCAUAGCAGGUUAAUCAUCCACCAAACAACAAAAUCUGCAAGGUAACACUGCAGUUUUCCCCCAUUAAGAAGAGUGGCAGACUAGCGUGGAAAAGAAUGUAGCUCCAGUUCAGCCACCCUUUGUUAGACAAUAGACAUAGAUCUAGGUUAAAUGUGCCACCUUGUUAUCGACUGUCAAGGUUCGAUAGAAUUAAGAGCUUGAUUUGCACAUUGCAACCCAUGAAAUCAUACUAGUUCAUCUCCCAAGAAACAAACUGUGGUUGCCAAAAACUUUGUCUUCAUACCCCAAAAGCUAUAAGAUUGCAAACACUCUACGGAAGAACGACUUCGCUUUCAACCUACAUGCUAAGGGCAGGCAAGAAUGAGAAUUCCCAAGAAGACCAAGUAAUUAACCUAACUUAUUAUACUUCCCUAGAAGGCUAAGGGCAGGCAAGAAUGAGAAUUCAUAGACAGAACGAUAUGCCCUUGUUGAAGGGGGAUCAUUUCUCCAGAAUUCAUUUCAAAUUUGAUUCGCACCAUUGGAAUGCCUCGUUAGCUACUCCAAUUACUCUGUGCCGAGAUGAAAUUCACUGCCAGAAAAAGUUCCCCCUAUGUACCACAGUACCGCCCAACAAAAUUAAGGGCAUGAUUAUGAAACAAGGGGAAUUCACUAUGCGAUCUCUCAGGGGUUCUACCGGUUUUAGCAUUAUUAUCUUAAUGGCUCACACAAGAUAGACACAAAGGGGCUGCCGGAUUUCAGUCAUGUAUAUUAGAAGAAGAAUAAACCAAGAAAUCGAUUCCAACACCAGAUGUUAGACCCAGGCGGCGAUCUGCGAUCUGCGAUCUGCCGUCCGUGUAGAAUAGAAACGAGAAAAUCGAGAACUGAACAGACGAGGGAAAGGAAGGACUGGGGUCUUGGGGGACAUAUACCUUUGAUAAUGCGGGAGCUACGCGUGGUAGACGAGAAAAACUAUGGCCGCCGGCGAGAAGGGAUGGGAUGGGGUCUGAACUCUGAAGCACGCGCGUUCUCUUGCUCGAUCUGCUUCCCUCUGAAACUCAGCAGCAAGACGAGAUAGAAAUGAAAAUUGGAAGGGCCCAUUAUUACUUGGUCUAUCUUCUCAUACUUAUGGGCCAACGCCCGAAAAAAUGAGAGUAGAAGACUAGGCACUAGGAUUAGGGAUGGCAAUGGGCCGGGUUUUGUCAAACCCAAAUCCAUGGGUUUAUCCGCCACAAAAACCCGGGAUAAAAUUCGCUGGGUUUGAAAAAUUCAAAUCCAACCCGCAGGGUAUCCGCGGGUUCAUGGGUACCCGUGGGUUUUUGUGGUAAAAAAUUUACACUAACAAGUUUCUUUCAAAAUAAAAGUUACAUCAAUUUUCUCAUACAAAUUAUUCAUACAAAAAACACCAAUCUAGAGCGUACAAGCAAACCGCAAAUGAUCAAUACAAAUUGUUCAAAAUUAAAGAUAAACAUCUAUAAACAAUAAGAUUAAUU